AUGCCUCCUCCAGUCUUCAUCGCGACAAAACCCAUUGACCCUCCAAGACUCGGCCGCAACAAUUACCAAGGCUUCAAAAAUGGUCAACAGGAAAUUCUUCAGAAAGGCUGGAAUGGAUACAGAUCUCGAGCUCUGCCAUGUGACAUACUAGUUGAGCACGAUGUCGAGAUCACAGUCCGCGAUGGAGCGCGUCUCUACUGCGAUAUUUACCGAUCUCCAGACACCGGUCCCCUCAACAAAGUCCCUGCUCUUCUGGGAUUUAGUCCUUUCGGCAAGAAGUUCAGUGGUAUAAGCAUGUUGAAUAUGAUGACACCUUGGAAUGUUGGUGUUCCCGAUGGUCAUCUCUCCGGAUUAGAGAAAUUCGAGGCCCCCGACCCCGCUGAGUGGAUUCCCCGUGGUUAUGCUAUUAUCAGCGCCGAUACACGUGGAACGGGGGACUCGGACGGGCCAGUCGUCAUCAUGGGAACGCAAGAGGGAGAAGACGGCUAUGACGUUGUUGAAAGCCUAGCUAAGAUGGGCUGGUGCAGCGGUUCUGUUGGGAUGGUUGGAAAUUCCCACCUUGCCAUCACACAGUAUUUUGUCGCGUCGCAACAGCCUCCGUCAUUGAAGGCCAUCGCGCCCUGGGAAGCAUGCUCGGAUCUCUUCCGCGAACAGUUUGGUCGAGGCGGAAUGUGGCAUGGAGAUUUUUUCGACUACAUUUCCAGUGUCUUUAUUCAGGGACACCAUGGCAUGGAGGACUUCAAGGAGAUGUAUCGCCGGAGUAAGGGACUACGCAACAGCUACUGGGAUGAUAAACGAGCAGAUUUGAGCAAGAUCACAAUUCCUACCUAUCUUACCGGAAGCUAUUCGAGCAACGUCCAUGUCAUGGGCUCGAUUCGUGGCUGGCUAGAGGUUGCCGCAAAGGAUAAAUGGUUCCGUCUAGGGCCUUGGCAAGAAUGGUAUGACAUCUGGGUCGAGAAAGAAUCCCAAGAUGAGCUUCAGAUGUUCUUUGACCGUUAUUUGAAACAAAUGGACAAUGGAUGGGAGAAGACUCCACGGGUUCGUGUGACUGCUUUGAAAUUUGGCGAGCAAGAUCCCGAACACAAUAUUGUUGUCGAUGAUUUUCCUCUACCCAACACAACUUACCGAGAGCUUUUCUUCUCUAUCAAUGGUCAGCUUAUGGAUUCAUCCAUAGAAGAAGGGGUUACCAGUUAUGAUUCGACCAAGCCCGAGACGGUUGGAUUCAAAUAUACUUUCGAGAAGGAUACGCGCCUGAUCGGCCUACCAAAGGCUAUAUUGUACGUAUCUUGUAACGAUGCAGAUGACAUGGAUGUAUUUGUGAUCAUCCGGAAACUCGACAAAGAUGGCAAAAGGCUAGUGGCCUUGAACGUCCCUUGGGAGCGCGCCCCCGUGGCAAAAAUCGAUGAUAUCCAAGACAAGGAUAAGAGCGAUCUGAUUCUGUAUCCCGGUCCGGUUGGAAUGCUACGUGCUUCCCACCGCGAGAUUGAUGCGUCCCGAUCUAUCCACCCACAAUAUCCAUUCCAUCCUCAUGAGAAAUUGCUUCCAGCGCCUCGUGGCGAGGUCAUUGAGCUCGAGAUUGGCCUAUGGGCGAUGGGAAUUGACUUUGCUGCCGGGGAGUCUCUAGAAGUGCAUGUUCUUGGUUACAACCCGUCUAUUGCUGCAUUCCAGCCUUUGGCCGGUGGUUCCAAGAGUGGUGUGAAUAAGGGGGUACACAAUGUUCAUUAUGGGGUGAAGCAUCGCAGUCGAAUUAUCCUGCCGUUUGUUUGA